UUUGAACACACAAUGAAACGGCAAAAAUAAAAGUGUGUUAAAUUGUUAAAAAGGCAAAUGGAUGAUUUAAUAUUCAUUUUUUAACGUUGAGGCAGACUCCCUACACGCAUAUGCAAAAGAGCCGUGUCCCUCGGCUUCAUGGGUUCUAUUACAGGCUGAUUGUCAGCAUCCAGGAAGGUGCCUCGACAUCCCAGCUAUGCUUUGAUGGCGUCCCGGUAAGAAUAGCUCGCCGCACGCGUCCCGGCCCCAGAGACCACGAGGGACGCAGUAAGAAAACCUCAGAGGUGACCUGCGCCUGGUGUAUUGUUCUGGGACAGUGUGGACGGGGACAGCGGCUCCCACCUCUCUCUUCUCGAGGGUUCUGUCCUGGGGGGUCCGGGUCGGCGCUGAACAAUGAGGACGACGGGGGCCAGAGAUCUGCUCCUGAUCACUAUGAGUCACAACGUCUCCUUUAUAGGCAAAACGUGGUGGGCGUUGAUGCUGCUCCUCCGCCUGCUCCUCCUCCUGCUGGCCGGCUCCACCCUCUUCGGCGACGAGCAGGAGCGCUUCACCUGCAACGCCGUCCAGCCGUGCUGCUCCACCGUGUGCUUCGACGCCUUCUCCCCCGUGUCCGUCCUCCGCCUCUGGCUCCUCCACCUGGUCCUGCUGUGCGUCCCCCACGCGCUGUUCGCCGCCUACGUCGUGCACGAAGCGCUGCCGCCUCCCCGCGACGGAGGGUCCCCGGCCCCGCCUCCCCAGCUGCACCCCGAGCGGGAGGCGCCACGCUUCCACCGCGCUUACUUCCUGGCCGUGGUGCUGCGCGUCCUCCUGGAGGUGGCGUUCGGCGCCGGGCAGCUCCUCCUCUUCGGUUCGUCCGUUCCGCAGAGCUUCCGCUGCCACGAGGCCCCCUGCACGUUCGGCGUGGAGUGCUUCGUCUCCAGACCCACGGAGAAGACCAUGAUGCUCCACCUCAUGCUGGGGCUGGCCUCGCUGUCCGUCCUGCUGAGUCUGGCGGACCUGGCGAGCACCGUGAAGGCCGCGGUGACCUGGAGGAGGAGGAGGAGGAGGAGGGAGGGGUCGACGGAGGAGGAGAAGAGCAGCGCGCAUUCCACGACAACCACCGCGGAGGACAGCGGCGUCCCCUCGACCCGGAGACUCGGCCUCGCGGUGGAGACGUCCCGGCCCCCCGGUCCCCUUGGCAACGAAGUGCCCGCUGACUUCGUCCUCCACGGCCAGCUGAGACCUCCCCUGCCCCCCCGCCCCGACAGAGGACCGGACCCCGGGACGCCAACGGGUGGGACAAGGACGGACCGGGACACAGUGGGGACGAACUGGGUCCAACAGUCUGAUAGCAGGGAGUCUCCAGACAAGAGGGCGUGGGUGUAGUGGACCGAGGGGGGGGGGGGGGAGAAAAGGCCUUAUGCAGCUUUUAAAUUCUUGUUUUGGUGUUUCUUUUGCUUUCAUAAAUGCCACAAGAACAGAAACCAAAGGUGGAACAACAAGAUGUAGCGAAACACAAGCCUUUUAUUGCCCCGUGUGUCACACACAGAGGAACAUCCUGCUUUAGCAAACUGUAGGGAAUCAGAAGUUGGAGGAGACGAGGGACCGAAAAUGAGAGUUAAGUUGCACUGACAUGCGAAGGACUUUCCUAAACUACCAGAUCGAAGGUCAACCGUCACGUCCAAAUCUUCCCGUUAGUUUGUUGUUGGUCACUGGUCUGUUUUUUAAAUACACGCCGACCCGAAUGCCACUCAACUGAUGAUAAUAAAAUCCGUCGGAUGAAUUGACGGAUCCACUCUGACGUUUCCUCUCACUCGCGUCACACUUUGUUUCGCAGCCCCGAGUCGUCUCAGCGAGAACAACACAGGCUGACCUUGAGGCUCAGCUGCUGUCUGGAUGAUCGAGUUUGAGCUGACCUCUGACCUCGAACCCAGCUGCGACCUGACUGACGGAGACAACCCCCUGCUCGGAUGACACCAGACCUUCGACCCCCUGGCCUCCGUCAUUUAGCCUUAGCCCCAGCAUGCUAGCAAAGUCCCGACCGCUUGACCCGUGGGACACAAAUUAGCUCAUUUAUCUUCAUUCAUGCAGCGAUGACGACAUUUCUAAAAAAAUAUCAGAUGAAAAGGUUCAAUAACUCCAAACUCCCUCCCAUUAUAAUCGUAUCUCACAGUUUCUGCUUGACUUCAUUUUGCAACCUGAGGAUAGUGGUCCCUGUACUGCCACCUAGUGGUCAAAGCUAAAAACUGCAAUAUACAUGAGAGCACUGUGAGAUUUAGUUAAAAGGAUUGAAAAGUGCUGAAAAGAUGUGCAAUAAUACAACUUUCAGUUGAUAUAUUAAUAUAUAAAAUAUUUGUCUUUACAUAUGGAAAUUGUAUUACCUUGUUUUCAUCAUCAGUUGUUUUAAAAGAGAUAUGUAAAAGUCCAACAUAAAUGGUGCCAUGAUGUUGAUAUAAAUUGUUUAGUAUAAAAAUAAUAAAAUAAUAAAAUGUCCAGAUUUGAGGUUUUGAGUGGGUAUCAGUAGACAGUGGAGAGUUUUCUUUAAUUACUACCUUUCAAAUAAAUACAAUUUUCAAAUAAUUUACACAAAACAAACAACAAAAACAAGACAAAACAGAAAGAAGCUGAGCAGACUUUAAUCACCAAUUUAAACAUGAAAUACACUGAAUAAAUGAACCCUGGUAAAACAUUCAAAUGUCAGUGAAAUUAGAAUUUAAAAAAUAUGUAAAAAUGUAAAUGAUAACCUAAACAACCGCAUCAAAAUCUGUAUGAAAUUACACUAAAUAAUGUGCAAUAAUAAUAAAAACUAAAUCAAUUGUAAAAGGCUGCAGUGAAUGAACCCACAAAAGACAACCUACUGUAUCUUAUGAUAUGAAGAAGACGGUGUCUAGUCUCAUAUAAGAUAUA